AUGGUACUUGGCGACGAACUUGCAGGACGUGAACAAUUCCUGACAUACUUAUAUCAAGUCGGAAGCUAUGCGGUUGUCGCCGCCUCGACUUUUCACCUUAACAGCAUCAUAGAAUCUAGGAUCAAAUUGGUGGAGAACCUGGUACCGCCACGGAAUCCCACGGAUCUUGAACAUCUGAACUUCCCACUCACCAUGAAGCUCCAGAAUGUCAUCCUCCCAGGAAGAGACCCCAAGUCUCGCUGGGAUGUCCUCUUGGAAUCAGACACGAUAACUUCCAUCAGGCCCACCGAAGAUUGGUUUGACAAUAGUUCUCUAUCAUCAACUCCAGACACACCGUCAUCACUCCUUCUACCGCCGCUAUGCCACCCGCACAUUCACCUCGACAAAGCAUAUAUCCUAACCUGCAACAGCCAUCACAACCCGCACACAGUUUCGCAUGACGGUCACGGUCCGGACUACACCGACCUAGCUCCCCAAUCCGGCUCCUUCAGCGAAGCAUUGACCAAGACUUCCCAAGCCAAACAACGCUACACGCCUGAUGACCUAUACCUACGCGGCUCGCAACUACUAGGUACAUCACUCACACAAGGCGUGACAUCAUGUCGGGCCUUCGUAGAGGUGGACCACGUCACAGGGGCCAUGUGCAUCGCAGCGGCGAUCUCGCUGAAGAAAAGGUUCUUCACGGAGGGGCCCCAACGGGGUUAUUUAUUCAAGCUGCAAAUCUGCGCUUUCGCACAAGAUCCCAUCUUCAGCACGGACAAGGGAGAGAGCAACCGACAGCUCUUGGAGAAGGUCCUGGAUGAGUAUGCAUUCCGUGAUGGUAGUGGUGGUGGUCGUGCUGAGCAGCACAUCGAAGCCCUCGGGUCAACACCGUACGUCGAGACGUCCCGGGCCGCUGCUCUGGACAAUAUCAAAUGGGCCAUCGAUACCGCGCUGGCAAAGUCGCUACAUCUGGAUUUCCAUCUCGAUUACAAUCUCGAUCCCGACCUGCCCGCCAUGGUCUGGGAUGUGCUUCGUCUGUUGAGAGAAGCAAAUUGGAACGAGCGUGCGCGACCGGACAAGACGAUCGUCCUGGGCCACUGCACGCGAUUGACACUCUUCGACGAUGCUGAGAUGGCGAAAUUGGCGCGGGAAAUCAAAGAGUCGAAGCUGCCGGUCCAUUUCGUGGGUCUGCCUACGAGUGAUUUAUUCAUGAUGGGGCGGCCAUCGGCGUCAGACGACUCGAAGACCCUGGCGGCAAACCGGCCACGAGGGACUCUACAGGUUCUGAGCAUGAUCAACGCCCACGGUCUGAAUGCCUGUCUGUCGGUCAAUAAUGUCGGAAAUGCGUUCACGCCCUGGGGCACGGGAGACCCAUUGGCUCUAGCAUCGUUGGGUGUGGGGGUGUACCAGGCUGGAACCGAGGAUGAUGCAAUGAAACUGUAUGAGUGUGUCAGUACGAGGGCGAGAAGGGCGAUUGGGCUGAGCACGCCCGUCACGCACGAUACGACGCCAGAGACCAGUUCUAGGCGGGAGGAUGAAGGAGACCCAGGUCAAAAUUCGGUGGUCCUGGUUGAAGGACGCGGAGGUGAGAUCUUACUCGUCCGCAACGAAGAAUGGGUGGGCUGUCCGGGGCAUCUGGGCAUGAAGAUUCCUGCGCGUCAGCGUGUGAGUGUGAGGGAUGUGGUAUGGGAUGUGCCGGAGGUCAGGCUGCGACACAUUCUGAGAGAGACAUGA